UUUUCUUUUUAUUGUCUUUAACAUGAAAUCUUUCUAUUUUCUUUUGACUGUUUUUUUCUUGAUAUUGUGUGCUUGUGCUGACGAUUUCACUAUUGAGUUCUAUAAGAAACCAAAUUAUAAACAAGAAGCAGGAAUCGUCUCUGGUGAAGUAUCGCCUGGUGGUAGUGCAGGGGCCAAAAAUGGCAAUAUGGAAGUUGCCUCCUUCAAGACGGAAUCUUUUCUUCAAGUAACACUGUAUGAAAAGCCCUAUUAUAAAGGCAAGAGUCAUACCUACAAAGGAUCUCAAAAAAGAUCAAUCCUCCUGUUCAUGUUGGCAGUGUUAAAUGGAAGCAUUUGGGUUGAGUUUCUCACAAAGCCUCUUUUGUGCUACUAAGGGAAAUCCGUAAUUGAACUGUCAUGCAAUUCAUUUUAUUAAAUAAACAUGUGCAAAAAAAAAAAACAAUCGCCUUUGACUGUGCUAUGCGCUCUGGUAAAACCUCUGUGCAUGAGUUUUAUAGCC